AUGAACAGAAUUGGCGGCAUGGCCUUACUGUGGAAUAAUGAGGUGAAUAUCUCUGAAGUUCUAGGAACAGCCUUCACUAUUGAGGCAAAAGUGGAAGACAAAGAGAACAAGGAAAGUUGGUGGUUUAUUGGUAUAUAUGCUAGUUGUGAUGGUCAGAUAAGAAGGAAACAAUGGGAAGUUAUAAAUAAAAGGAAAUCAAUCUGGGGAGCAAAAUGGAUAAUCAUGGGAGACUUUAACGACAUUACUUCAAAUGAUGAAAAAUGGGGUGGAAGGGUAAGAGAUAAUGGGAGCUUUCAAGACUUCAGGAAUUUCAUAAAUGAUAAUCAGUUGGUUGAUGUGGGUUAUGAAGGGAAGCCGUGGACAUGGAGCAACAACUGGUAUGGGCCUGGAGAGGUAAAAGAAAGAUUGGACAGAGGUUUAUGCACUUUAGAAUGGUCCAAAUGUUAUGAGGAAGCAAACUGUACUCAUAUAGAAUCCCAGGCUUCUGAUCAUAGUAUGUUAUUACUGGAAACUCAGAAGGACAGAAAGCAAAGAAGAAAGAGAUUCCAGUUUGACAAGAGGUGGCUCCAACAAAGUGAGGUUGAGGAAGUGGUUAAGAAAGCCUGGGACAUUCCAUGUGUUGGAACAAGAUGGUUCAAGGUAAAAGAGAAAAUUAAGAAUUGCAGAAUUGAGUUACUAAAGUGGAGCAGUAGCAAGAAAGGAAAUUCCUCCGAAAAAAUUAAAUGGUGCAAAAGCCAGAUUGAGGAAAUCAAGGCAUCUAAUGGAGAUAACAAGAAGCAACAAGUACAGGAUAUGAAGGGACAAUUGAAAAAGGCAUAUAAGGAGGAAGAAGCUUUUUGGAAUCAAAAGUCAAGAUUGAGGUGGCUUAAGGAGGGGGAUAAAAAUACUCAGUUUUUCCAUGCAACGGUGAAAGGAAGAAGGAAGAGAAAUAGGUUGCAGAAGUUGAGAAAGGAGAGUGGAGAAUGGACUACCAAUGAUGAAGAACUGGGUGGGGAAAUAGCCAAAUAUUAUGUGGACUUGUUCAGAUCGACAGCAAAUGGGCAGCUAGAGGAGAUCUUAACGGGGAUUCCUAUAACUAUAACUGAACAUAUGAACAAGGAUUUGACCAAAAAAGUGGAUGAAAAUGAAAUAAAGAAUGCAUUUUUUUCAAUGGAUCCUAAUAAGGCUCCUGGAAAUGAUGGCAUGUCCCCCCUCUUUUUUCAAAAAUUCUGGAGUCUUAUUAAAAAGGAUUUGGUAAAUGCAGUCCAAGGUUUCUUUCAUCAUGGAGUCAUUCUCAAAGCCAUAAACCAUACGGUUAUCUCCUUGAUCCCAAAAGUUGAUUGUCCUACAGAGAUUAACCAGUAUAGGCCUAUUAGUCUUUGUCAAGUGGUCUAUAAAGCAUUAGCAAAAAUCCUUGUUAACAGACUAAAGCCUUUCCUAAGUAGAUGCAUCAGCAAAAGUCAAUCUGCAUUUGUACCAGGUAGGCAAAUUCUAGACAAUGUCAUCCUUUCUCAUGAGUUAAUGCACUAUCUAAAAAACAAAAGGCAAGGUAGUGUAGGCUCUAUGGCAGUGAAACUGGACAUGUCUAAAGCCUAUGACAGAGUGGAAUGGAGCUUCUUGAAGGCUAUAAUGGAAAAAAUGGGCUUUUGCUCAACUUGGGUAAACUGGAUCAUGGCAUGCAUAAGUACAGUAACCUACUCCUUCAAUAUUAAUGGUGAGCACAAGGAGUUUGUCACCCCCUCAAGAGGUAUCAGGCAGGGCGACCCACUUUCCCCUUACCUAUUUCUGCUUUGCUCAGAAGGACUUUCAAGUUUGCUGCAGCAAGCUAAGAUAGAUAAGGAGCUGACAGGUAUAAAAAUUUGCAGAAGGGCGCCUACAAUAACUCAUUUGUUCUUUGCAGAUGAUUCCUUGGUGUUCUGUAAAGCCAACAAACAAGAAGCAGAGAAGCUGAAAAGGAUCCUCAAAGUGUAUGAAGAAGCAACAGGGCAACUCAUUAAUAUGGAUAAGUCCUCAGUCUUAUUCAGCAAAAACACCUUGCCAGCUGUGAAGAGUGAAGUAUGUCAUGCGAUGGGAUCCAUUACACAGGUUGAACAAGGCAAGUAUCUUGGGUUGCCAAUGGUAAUAACAAGAUCAAAAGAGCAGGUAUUCGGAUUCGUAAGGAACUCAAUAGAUAAGAAACUGAAAGGAUGGAGGAAUAAGUUGUUAAGCCAAGCAGGGAAGGAAAUAAUGAUUAAAGCUGUGGCAAUGGCAAUGCCUACCUACACUAUGUCCUGCUUCAGACUAACCAACAAGAUAUGUAAAGAAAUCAGUUCGAAAAUGGCUGAUUACUGGUGGGGUGAUGCUGAUGGAAAAAAAAAGUUGCACUGGAUAAGCUGGAAGAAGUUGACAGCUAAGAGAAGCAAUGGAGGAAUGGGCUUUAAAGAUUUGAAGCUGUUUAACAAGGCUCUAUUGGCUAAACAGAUCUGGAAACUAAUAACACAGCCAAAUUUGUUAGUUAGUAGAGUACUGAAGGAGAAGUACUACCCCAAGCAAUCACUUUUCAAUGGCAAAGUACCGCAAAAUGCUUCUUGGAUCUGGCAGAGCUUAGCAGGAGUAAGAAAGGAAUUGCAAGAAGGAACUAGGAGGAAGAUUGGAAAUGGGAGAGGUACCAGAAUAUGGGAAGAUAAUUGGAUCCCAGGAACAGUGGAAGGGAAACCAACUACUACAAGGCCAUUGGGGUGUCAACUGACAUUAGUGUCUGACUUGAUCAGGCACAACAGAUGGAAUAGAGUCCUGAUAUUCAAAACGUUUAACUCACAGGAUGCGGAGAGAAUAUUGAGUAUACCAUUAAGUGUAAUAGGAUAUGAGGACAACUAUUUCUGGAUGCAUUCCCAGGCUGGACAGUACACAGUUCAUUCUGGUUAUAAAGCUUGGCUGAAGGCAGAGGAAAACAAGUACACAAGAAGGAAGGAGGAUGCUGGAACAAGCUUUGAAGGAACUAACUCCAAGAUAUGGAAUUCAUUGUGGCAGCAGAAGGUAAGUCAGAAACUAAAGGUUUUCAUUUGGAAAUGUUUGCAUGGGGGUCUCCCAGUUAAGGAGGCAAUUUUCACAAGAACAAAGUUAGGGAACCCCAUAUGUACUGGAUGUGGUGAGAUGGAGGAAACGAUAGAACACAUGCUGCUGCAAUGUGCUAAAGUGAAGGAGAUUUGGAAAAUGGCGCCAGUGCAGUGGGAUGGGAUAGAACAUCUAUCUGACAACUUCAACAAAUGGUGGUCCGCAAUCCAGGAAGCUCAAGCAAGUAGAGGUGUGGAGGAUCAAGUGAAUAUUACCAUUAACAUUCUCUGGCAGAUAUGGAAAUCCAGGAAUAAUAGAGAGUUUAAUAAUAAGGAAAAGGUGCCAUUCAAGAUCAUUGAGAAGGCACAGCAGGAGUGGUCUGAAUAUAAUGAAGCUAACAAAGGGGAGAAUCCAAGAAGAAGCACUCAGGAAACAACGAUACAGCAACGGACUGUCCAGGCUCAACAUGAGAGCCACACUGGUAUAUCAUUGAAGAUCCAUACGCAUCAGGACAGAAGGCAAGCAGCAGUGGGGAUUGGAAUCACAGCCAUAGAUAACUUGGGACAAAUGCAAGCAGCAUGGGCACUUAGAGAAGGUCAUCCGGGGAUACAUUACAAGACCAAGCUGUUGCGGAAAAUAGGAAGUAUCAAACUGAGCAUUCAUGCUCUAAACAUCUGGUUAGAUGAAGAAUGGGUUUCUGCUUUGUAUUUUCUUAUGUGGGGUUGUAAGUCUGGUUUUCUUAGUGUUUUGUUUUCUCAGUAUAUGUGGUCAGAACAUAUUGAGGGGAUAUUACGUGUGCCGGAGGUUGAUUCUUGCAUGGUUCAUUGGAUGUGUCAAGUUCAGCUUAUUGAGGCAUCGCAUGUAAAGACAACCUGUGGAAGCGAUUUACCGAAAAAGUUUCGCUAUUUUGUUUUUUGUGAUUUCCAGGGCGUGAAGGUUACUGCACUUGCAAUUGAUGGUAACAUUGACUGUGUUAGCCAGUUACUUGUGCUGUUUAGAAAGUAUAGUAUAUCCAAGGCUCGUGUUUAUAAGAUCCCUGACUGUGUGCCUAUUGGAUCUUAUCCCUAUUAUUGGGUUUUGACUGACAAAACUGUGCUUGAUGAAGUAUUUGAAAUAGAGGCUCCAAAACUUCCAUGUUAUUUUCCGUUGGCCUCUAUUUCUUCUUGUCACACUGUUGCUGAGACAGAAAAGUUUAUAAGUAAUGCAUUAUUGAUUAAUCUGUUUUCUAUGGAGGUUUAUUUUGAAGGGGGGCCAUCUGUUGCAUGGGACUAUGUAAUUGUUAAUUAUGACAUGAAGCCUAUUAUAUUGACACUUUGGAAUGAGUUUGAGGCCCUAGAGGGGACUGCUAUUCUGGCUAAUAUUGCAGAGAAUCCGGUUGUAAUCUGCAUCAGGGUUAGAGUGAUUGCAGAUAGCUAUUUGUCAUUGUCCACUCAAUCCUCAUCUGUUAUAUUGGUUUCACCAAAUGUGCAGCAAGCAAGAAAUCUUCAGAUGUGGUUCCAGGCUAAAAGUUCGCAAUUGAUUCGGAUGCUUCAUGAACGGAGUUAUGCUAACCCAUGUGUAUUGUUGCCUCCGGUUGCUUCUAAUCAUAUAAGUCCAAUCUCAUCGAUUUCUCAGGCAACUAAAUUUGAUAUAGGGACUGCUUGGAUAAAGGGUAAAGUGUCUCUUAAAUAUAGGAUGGGUAACCUAUGGAACUUGGCCUGCCCACAUUGUUAUCUUCCUAACGAUUUUGCUUUGAAUUGGGGGAUCAUGUGCUGUUAUUGUGGGCGAGAGAUUUAUACUUACCCAAGUAGCCAUGGGGAUGAGGCUGAAAAGUUGAUUGGUAUUAGUGUUCACCGCUUAUUUCAAGCGGAGCAAGAGAAUGUGCACCUCACUGAUCGUGUUGCAAGUGAACUCGAGGGAAAAGUCUUGUUGUGCUAUGUUAAGCAUUCCAACGAUGUAAUCAGGGCUGUUAAGGGUGCUCCGUAUACAAUUGUCGAUGUCUAUGGCGCAGAUGAAAUUGGAAGCAAUAUUUGCUGA